GGAAAUUCUGCCAUGAAGCAAACACCAUGCUGCUGACUCGUCCUAUGACUCCAAUACAAUACAAGACACAUUUAUCAGAAGGAUGGAUGCAGCUGAUGACGUGGAUGAAGACGAACUUCUGGACUACAACGUGCAGAUGAGCAUUCAGGAGUCGUGUCAGAAAGAACAUCUCUCAGGAUCAGAGAGGAGUGAAGCUCUGAAGCUUGUUGAAGCCAUCAAACAAGGUGACAUGUUGGCACUACAGGAGCUCUGUGAUUUCCCAGCAGCCUUCAGUCGGGUGGAUGAGUGUGGCUGGUAUCCUCUGCACAGGGCGGUGGUCCAGCCUCUGGUCCUGGUCCUGGAGACUGUGCUGUACGCGUCUUUCAAUCUGACUCUGGAAGAAAAGACUUCGGAUGGUGAGACCUUCCUGACUUUAGCAGUGAAAGCUGGUUUGGUGGAAAAUGUAAAGAUGCUGCUGGAUCACGGAGCUUCUCCUCACACCACCAACAGCAAGAACGAAUCCGCUCUGCUUUUAGCAGUCAGAGCUGGAUCUUAUCAGAUGGUUUCCGGUCUAAUAGCUGGAGGAGCUCAGGUGGAGCAGGUGUGCCUGAAGAAGUGGACGGCCAUGCACGAGGCCUCCAGGGUUGGCUGUGCUCAUGUUGUGGAGCUGCUGUUACAGAACGGAGGUCAGGUUUCAGAGACAGACCAGCAUGGAGUGACUCCUCUGGGCAUCGCUGCGGAGUACAGCCACCCUGAAGUCCUGGAGCUCCUCAUCAAACACGGUGCUGAUGUAAACGCCCAGGCGCCAAAUGGCGACAGCGUUCUGUACGACGCUGCAGGUUCGGGAAAUCCAGACUGCAUCGACAUCUUGCUGCAGCAUGGAGCAAAUCCCAACAUCCACAACCUGAGCUUCCAGCUGCCAAUCCACCAUGCUGCUUACGAAGGACACUACCUAGCUUUGAGGAUUUUGAUCCCGAUCACCACUAGGCGGGCCCUGCGGCUGUCCGGCCACAGCCCUGUCCACUCUGCUGCUGAUGGAGGCCACGUCCACUGCCUGGAGCUCCUGCUGCAGAAAGGUUUUGAUGUGAACGCGCUGUUAGCCCCUCACAUUUCUGAAAAUUAUGGAGACAUGAGGAGAAGCCCGCUGUACUUUGCUGUCUCCAACGGGGAUGCAACCUGUACUGAGAUUCUGCUGAAGUCAGGAGCCAAACCUGACCUGGACCCGCUGUGCUGCCUCCUUGUAGCGGUCAGGUCAGGGCGCUAUGAGAUCGUGAAGCUGCUGCUGGCGGCCAAGGCAGACGUUAACUGUUACUUCACGGUGCUGAACAACACGGUAUUCCCCACAGCGCUGCAGUACUGCCUGAGGGACGAGGUGAUGAUGAGGCUGCUGCUCAACAACGGCUACGAUGCCGGGAAGUGUUUCUGUUGUAACCAUGACGACGACUGGGAGGACCUGAGCGAGUCUGAUUACUCACAAAAUCAGGAGGAAAAAGUUGCUUUUUGCGAUUUCAUCAGCGUCUCCUGGCUGGUGAACCUGGUGGGCCGAGUCGUGUCGAUCCUCCUUGAAUAUGUGGGUCAGGUUUGUCUUUGCAGCAAGCUGACAAAGAUCCUGGAGAACCAGAAGGAGUGGCCUCACAUUCACAGGACCAUGCGUAACCCUCGCUCUCUGUCGCACCUGAGCAGAGUGGUGAUCAGGAAACACCUGAGCUGCAGCGGUCUGAUGUCCGUCCAGCUUCCCAAUAGGCUGAAGGACUACCUGCUGUUCAAAGAGAACGACCUGUACGCCAAAAUCAUCUGCAGGGAGGACUGAAGGGACGACGAUUUCUAUCUUAUAUUGAGUCUUAAAUGUCAGUGAUGACUCUUCUUGUUUUUUGUUUGUUUCCUUUUGUGUUUUAUCUAACAGGGCCUGUACUUCUCAAACUGCUACAAAUUACACUUGAGAAAGCCCCAAGGAGCCAACAUAGGAGACACCUUUAAGAGCAACUUUCAAGUGAUCACAUGAUUGAUCACAUGUAAGCAGGAAUAGCCAAAUAGGGGCAAGGACCGUGUCCUAAAUCCAUUCAGCAUACUAAUUCAAAGCAGGUUUUUAGUAUAGUGUGUUCACACUGGAAAAGUAACAAUGAAUUUUACUAAGACCAGUCAUACGGUUGAUACGUUUCUUUCUACUGCAACUCACAAAGGAAAUGGAGGCGCUUAUCACAGCUGGAAAAAAAAAAUCAUAAAUUAGGGAUGGCAGUGAAUAAGUUCAAAAGGAUAUUAGAAAACAAGAGUAUUAAAUCUUUAGAAAGACAUUUUGCUUUCUGUUUGUGAAGUUUAACUGUCAGUGACACUCCAAAGACACAAUUUAAUGUGUCUAAUGUCAAAUUUAUAGUAUAAAGUAUAUUGUUUUUUUUGGUAUACUGCUAAACAAUAUGACUAUUUGUAUGUAUAUACUGUUGACAAUUACUAUGUGUUGUAAUAGAAUGAAGGAUUUGCCCUGUUUUUCAUUCUUACAUUUUACUCUUUUUUUUUUCUACAAAAAAAUCUAAUUUUACAUAUCAAAAAAGUAAAUUUUAUUUGUGUGAAAUCUUUCAUAUCUUUAAUAGCAAGUAACACAAGAAAAGAACAAAAUUUAAUAUAUUUAAAAAGCAUAAAUAUAAAAGUAGACUAGGACUUUGUUUUGGAAAGUCGCUCUAGAACAGGAGCACCUUCAAUCUGAAAAGGGUGUGCACAAUCUUGCUUAGGCUUUGAGGUACGUUUUCUCUUGUUUGGUGGGUGUGUCAGAUAUGUUACCCAAUCAGCAGCCACGUGUACAUAACAACAGGGUGUUCAAGGCCCCAGCGUUUCUGUUUUUAAUACACGCUUUGUUACAUUUCGUAGUCAAACGCUCUACUUAUAUCUUUCACUCAAGUCCACAAUUUUAGCAGUUUGAUGAAUACAGGCCCAGAUCUGUACUGUGUGAACUCAAGUGUUGGAGAAAGUGUAAUCUUAGCUUAACUGUUUGUGGAAAUAUAACAGACCAGGUGUUGUUCAGACCACUACAUAACCAAAAGCAGGAAGGCCUCAUGAAAACUGUAAAUAAAAACAGGCAUCUACAUAAUGUCAGAGGAUCAAGUAGAAUCUGUCACUAAUUCAUUCCAGUUGCUUCCCCUCUGCUGUUGUUUUGAGUCAGUAAAACUUACUUGAGAUUAAAAGCCUCCCAGUGUUUCAUACUCCCUACUGUUCCUUGUUGACUGGGAGAAUUACCCACAAUGCAACUCAACAACCAACACUUUGUUUGGAGAUUUGCGCUUGAAAUGCUAGUUGUGGCUAAUGUAGCCUUAUCACAUAAAUGUUGAAAAUGUUUGAAUUGCAGUGCAGAGGAUCUGUUGUUACAGUGUGUGUGUGAGAAAAGAACUAGCCUAAAGCGGAGAUGAGGAGCAUGCCACAGAGGUCUGGUAAAUUCACUUCUUUCAAACUCCACACCAACAGAUUUGGUUUUUUGUUUUUUUUUAAACCGAUGCUGACUCGAGGGACAUCACUUGAGGGAAUUUAUCAGAUUUAGAUAAAAAAAAACAGCAAAGUAGUUUGUGAUUAGAAUUAAUCAGUGAAUAAAAACAGUAUUAGUGUUAAACAGAUAAGGUGUUUGUGUAGUGUGUAUGACAUCACUGAUACUGGUACUGAGUGCUGUGGAAAUGUACUUACAUGUAAUUAUACUGAAUUUGUAUCAACAGCUAAUUGAAAACAGGAGCAGAUCAGAAAACAGGGAGGGUUCUUACGAAAAAUAUGAUCAAAUAUACUUAUAAAACGGGUGAAAUUAGAAAAAGGCCAGUCUCUAAUAUAAGCCUGUUUCAAAUAAAGGUGGAGUGGAGGUAAAUAAAGGUCCCGGCUAUAAUUUAAGAAUAAUCAGUAUUGAGAAAUAAAUUUCUGCUGUCACAUUUCUAACAGUUGUGCUGCAUCUGUACUGUAUUUAAUUAAACUUGUGUUAUUGUGAUACAUUGCCUCUAAACUGACUAUAAUAUUUUGGGCCAAUCCGUGUGUGUGUUUGAUGUGGAAACAUUUAAGUUUGACGUGUUUGUUUCGUUACAUAAAAAGUCACUAAAAUUCAUACUCUGGGUACCAUGAAUGUCCGAACCAAAUCUUGUGAAAAUCUAAUAGCUGGUGAGAGAUUUCAGUCUGGAUCCAAGUGAUGGACUGACAAAAUGACUUUGUCUUGCCAGAGAGAAGUUGGGUUUUCCCCCAUCUCGUGGCCAUUAGAGGAACUGCAGCUGAACGACCUUCAGCCCUGAAAGUAACAAUUGUGCAGCACAACAAUACAAACUGACAGUAAACACAGUCAGGAGGUGUGAGCUGCUUCCUGUCUGUAACACACAGUGAAAGCAG